UUGUAUGUAAACUCUGUGUAUCUGAAAUCUUCUGUCACUGCCUCGCUCCUCUUCGCCCCCUCAGGAGGACGGACGAGUCUGGCGGAGGAGCAGAGAGAGCCCAGCCGAGGAGCCCUGCCCGGUCCAGGGCGCAGCUCCCCUGGGAGACGGCGGGGAAAGGCACGGAGGCUGCGGGGAUGCGGAAGGGCUGCCCCCUGAGGAGAUGAUCCGGAGCCAAGAGGGACCCCAUGAGAGGAGGGUGGCUGGAAAGAGAGGCCAGAACGAGGAAAAGGUCAAAAUGCCCGGAAAAGCCAAGACGUGCCUGGAGUGUGGAGAAUCCUUCAGAACAAACGAAAGUCUCCAAUGUCAUCAAAGAAUCCACUCAGGAGAGAAACCCUAUAAAUGCCUGGAGUGUGGAAGGAGCUUCAGUGAGAGGGGAAGCCUUCAUACACAUCAAAGAAUCCAUUCCGGAGAGAAACCAUAUAAAUACUUGGAGUGCGGAAAGAGCUUCAGUUGUAGGGGACACCUUUACAGACAUCAAAGAAUCCAUUCAGGAGAAAAUCCCUAUAAAUGUCUGGAGUGUGGAAAGUGUUUCAGUCUCAAGGGAAGCCUUCAUACACAUCAAAGGAUCCAUUCAGGAGAGAAACCCUAUGAAUGCCCGGAGUGUGGAAAAAGCUUCAGUGAGAGUGGAAGCCUUUAUAGACAUCAAAGAAUCCAUUCAGGAGAAAAAACGUAUAAAUGCCUGGAGUGUGGAAGAAGCUUCAGUGAGAGUGGAAGCCUUUAUAGACAUCAAAGAAUCCAUUCAGGAGAAAAAACGUAUAAAUGCCUGGAGUGUGGAAGAAGCUUCAGUGAGAGUGGAAGCCUUUAUAGACAUCAAAGAAUCCAUUCAGGAGAAAAAACGUAUAAAUGCCUGGAGUGUGAAAAGAGUUUCAGUUGCAGGGGAACCCUUUAUACACAUCAAAUAAUCCAUUCGGGAGAGAAACCAUAUAAAUGCCUGGAGUGUGGAAAGAGUUUCAGUUGCAGGGGAACCCUUUAUAGACAUCACAGAAUCCAUUCAGGAGAAAAACCAUAUAAUUGCCUGGAGUGUGGAAAGAGUUUCAGUGACAGGGCAACCCUUUAUAGACAUCAAAGAAUCCAUUCAGGAGAGAAACCAUAUAUAUGCCUGGAGUGCGGAAAGAGUUUCAGUCGCAGGGGAAACCUCCAUAUACAUCACAGAACCCAUUCAGGAGAAAAACCGUAUAAAUGCCUGGAGUGUGAAAAGAGUUUCAGUGACAGGGAAACCCUUUGUAGACAUCACAGAAUCCAUUCAGGAGAAAAACCAUAUAAUUGCCUGGAGUGUGGAAAGAGUUUCAGUGACAGGGCAACCCUUUGUAGACAUCACAGAAUCCAUUCAGGAGAAAAA